ACGUUCGUGUCAGGUCUCCCUUCAUCUCUCCCAAUAACACAGGCAGCCUCAAUCCCAGACUACAGAGGCCCUAAUGGCAUAUGGACGUUACUGCAGAAGGGCAGGAGCAUCAGGACCACAGAUCUGAGUGAGGCAGAGCCCACGCUCACUCACAUGAGCAUUGCCUGCCUGCACAAGCACAAUCUGGUGCAGCACGUGGUGUCUCAAAACUGUGAUGGGCUGCACUUGCGGAGCGGGUUACCCCGAACAGCAAUAUCUGAGCUCCAUGGAAACAUGUACAUAGAGGUCUGCACUUCCUGUACACCCAACAGAGAGUAUGUGCGAGUUUUUGAUGUGACAGAACGCACAGCCCUGCACAGGCAUCAUACUGGCAGGAUGUGCCACAAGUGUGGGGCACAGUUGAGAGACACAAUCGUCCACUUUGGGGAGAAGGGGACGUUGAGACAGCCCCUGAACUGGGAAGCAGCAACAGAAGCUGCAAGCAAAGCAGAUGUGAUUCUUUGUCUGGGUUCCAGCUUAAAGGUUUUGAAAAAAUACCCACGUCUUUGGUGCAUGAGCAAGCCACCAACUCGUCGUCCAAAAUUAUAUAUUGUGAACCUCCAGUGGACUCCGAAGGACGACCUGGCCAUCCUGAAGCUGCACGGCAGGUGCGACGAUGUCAUGAGGCUGCUAAUGGAGGAGCUCAGGCUGGAGAUCCCGAGCUACGACCGGUGA